GUGCCAACCUCUGAUGUGAAAUCGGCUCCGGAGAACUUCGAUCGAGUUCAUUCCUUCAUCAUCAUCUCCGUGAUGAUCCCAGACCAUCCUUUAGAGUCUUACGUCCUGGAACUCCUGGUGUUGAUGGGGGGGGGCAAUACAAUGCUGUGGAAAAUCCGCCACUGGGAUUUGCCAGACGGGUCGGGGCAGAAACUUCGACUUUCGACGUGCCAGCCCACAAACUUCUGCAGGCUCUGAUAGAGCACUCUCCAUCUCCACAAACAAUGGCUCGAGAAUUCUUGGUGGAGCUGGCAAAAUGCAAAAUUUCGGUUGUGACGGAUCUCGUUCAUGCCCUGGAUGGUGAUCGCUCUGCUAGUCCGUAUGAUUGGGCAGCUACUGUGCAUCAAGAACUUGGCCAAAAUGAUGGAAAUGCGACGGGUCUCACGGCACUGGCCAGCUACUACUUGUCUCACCUUGUCAUCGCUUUCAGGAAUCCAGGUGGAAAAAGGACUCCUCAAGAGAGCAUACACCCUACACCCAAUCCUAAGCAUAUAGAGGAGAUUACAUCAUUGUUAGAGUCAGCCACUAUUUGUCAGAGUCAAUCGGCUUUGAGAGACCUGAUCUUUCUUCGCGAUGGGAGUCAUUGCCCUGUUUCCAAUUAUCCUUUCUUUGGGAAGGAUAGGGUUAUACGGCCCCGCUGCGCGCACAUCAUCCCAUUCUCCGCCCAUUUUAAGACACAUACACAUCAUGCGAUUGAGACACUAGCUUGGGGAAUUGAGGUCAGGUUAGUCGAUCAUAGGUGGAAAUAUCGUUUUCGAGAGGUUCGACCGGCGAAUGUGUCAGCCACUAUUCCUCUCAAGGAUGGCGACGAAAUAGAAUUUGGAAAGGGAACUGGCGGCGAUCUGAUUGGAUUACCUGAUCCUCAGAUUUGCAAUCUCCAUCUAGCUGUUGCCCGGGUCUUUGCAGCUUCGGGCGCUGCGGAGGUGUUUGAUAAAUAUUUAGAGGAUGAUGAGGAUUACAUGACAUAAGUUCCCGUUUAUUUCGGCGGUUCAUUUGUCGAUGAUGAUGAGCUGAUGCGUAGGAUAGAGGCGUUAGUUACCUAAUACUGGUAUCGGCUCAACCACCCUGU